UCGGCCCGGCUCCCCCCCGGCGGCCCCGGAGCUCGGCCCGGCUCCCCCCCCGCGGCCCCGGUGCUCGGCCCCCCGCCUGACCUGCCGCCGUUCUGCCGCCAGCGCCGCGACGAUGGAUUCGGAGGACUCUUUCAUCCGGCUGCCCCACUCCGGGGGCCCGGAGGACGGCUGCCCGGAGGGGACCCCCGAGCAAGUCCGGCAGGAGAUCGAGCGUUGCAAGGAACUUUGUAGCGCUCUGGAGCAAGACCAUGUGAAGCUACAAAUGGCCAAGGAAGCUGUAGAGCAAAGGACACAAGAGUUGAGGAAAGAGAGAGAACUUCUUCAUAAAAAUCUUGAGCAACAAAUGUAUUUAAACAGAGAUGAAGAGAGAUCCUGCCAGGUGGGCAUUUUUUCAGCAAAGGAGGAGAAGAACAGACUGGAGCAGGAGAAACAGGUGCUGAAAGAGAAACUGGAACAAGUGAGGAAGAGCAUCCCCUGGGAGGAUCCACUGAUGAUGCUGCCUGCCUUGCCGGAGAAGAAAAUGGUGUUUAAGGGACUCGUGACAAACAAGGAGACCAUGAACAAACUGAUGCUCACCCCUCUGAUCCGCUACCCUCUGCUGGGGGGCUCAGCUCUCAUCACCUUUGAGAAGGCAGAGGUGGCCCAGCAGAUCCUAGAGGUGAAGGAGCACACGGUGGAGCUGAGCUAUGGGGAGGAGCUGGAGGAGCUCGACCGGUGCAGAGCGCGAGUGCAGGCAGCGCCGGUGGAGAUACUGCUGCCGUCUGCCUUGGAGAUUAGGCUGACCCAGAGCAGCAGGAGCAUCCUUGUGUCUGACCUGCCCAGCCUGGGCAUCCCUGAGGAGGCACUGCUGGACAAGCUGGAGCUCUUCUUCAGCAAGACGAAGAACGGGGGUGGCGAGGUGGAGAGCAGGGAGUUCCUGGAUGACACUGGCCAGGUGGUGCUGACCUUCGUGCAGGACGGAGUGGCAGAGCCGCUAAUUGCGAGAGGGCAUAUCCAGGUGCACAUCGGGAAGGGAAACUACAAGCUCAAGAUAUCCCCGUGCAUGACUGGGGACCUCACGAGCCUGCAGCUCUGCCCAGUUCCAGCCCGCCCGCUGCCCCAGGACCGUCCUGCUCUCGGGGAUCCCGGACGUGCUGGGUGAGGAGCCCAUGAGGGACGCCCUGGAGAUCCACUUCCAGAAGGCCAGCCGCGGCGGGGGAGAGGUGGACAGCCUCGCCUACGUCCCGGGGGGACGCCGAGGGGUGGCCGUUUUCACGGAGGACACGGGCUAGCCCUGGCGCAGCGGAGCUCGGCGGGGCCGCCGGUCACAGCGGGAAUUAAAGCGUCUGCAGGGA